AUGUCUUCAGUUAAAUCUGAUCUCAUAAGAUCUUGGGCAAAGACAAGUGAUGGACUUGAAAUAUAUUACGAGUCUGUUGGCAGUGGUAAGCCAGUUGUUUUUCAGUCUGGCUACAUGGGAAUUCACGAUAUCUGGAUCAACCAAGUCAAAGCUUUAUCAAAAAACUUCAGAUGCAUCACACAUGACAACAGAGGAUACGGUAUGUUAUCAAAUCCAACAGAUGUUUCAUACUAUUCAAUGGAAAAGAAUGCAGAUGA